GUCCAGACGGAUGGUUUCAUAGAUGUUUGCAGUGGUUCCCUUAUCAAAGGAACUGCGAUCCAGUGCCAGCUCAAGGAGCGCCCGUUCAGGGGCAGCUUUUGCAUUGUGGCAGGAGACAGUGGCACUGACGAGGCCAUGUUUCCGUUGUGCCAAUCUCCAUCAGAGUGGGGAUGUCAGGCCAGAGCUGUGCCACUGAUAGGCUUUCUACCCACAAGGAGACGUUAGAGGUGAUCCAGUGGAUUGUGUACCUGCGAUGGACUUCAAUGAGGCCCGCAACAGCAAUGAAUUUCUUCAUUUAUAGAGAAAUUCAUAAAUAAACAUGGACUUUGCGUGCGCAUGGACUUCAACACAAAAUCCCGGAAGCUCUCGGGCCUCCCCUCCUAUACUCAAGGGCCGAAGCCUGGAUAGAUUAGGAGAGAUCACGGCAUCCGUCUUACGCGACCUGGGCCAAAGUCAUCACGCGGUGACUGCGCUCUUCCGGCAAAGCCACGAGUCAGUUUUUUCCCGAUGGAAUUGUUUCUCUUCCACGCCUUGUGCGCUUGCAGCGAGCGGAACACGACUGCUGGACAUGGUGAGAGAGCUGCUGGACAUGGUGAGAAAUUGCAAGCAGAAGCUUCUGUUGAAGGCUUUUCAGCUGGGUCGAGCCGAUGAGGUCCAACGCAUGUUCGAUCUGGAGGACGGCAGAGGGAGGACUCCCCUCCACGUCGCCGUGGAUCACGACGCGAUCAAGGAAUUCUUCAGCCUUAAAGACUACUUUAAAGAAGCGUUAUGGAGAGACAUUGUGAACAGACGAGACGCAGGAGGGAGGACGCCAUUGCACAGAACUGCCUCCUCGAUAGAACCCCCGAAAGACUUGACGCUUUUGGUAAGAGACGAUCAGACGGACAAGGCGCUCACCUUCGGGUGGAAGGAUCUGGGCUACCUCAAGUUCAUCGUCGACGUCACGAAGGUCUCCGUGAGAAAUGGCUUCAGCAAGGCGACGUUCGAGGGAGCCUUGGCCAGCCACAUCGCGUGCUACAAUCCACGCGGUGCGAAGAUCAUGAAGGAAUGGUCAGUUUCUUCAGGAACUCGUUCGCUAAAUGAAGCUCCGUGUGAAACUUUCAGAUACAAAUCGCGAAAUAAUUUUGAUAUUUUGAUGUGCCGUUCAGAGACCAGCUCACAUUGGCGAAGCUCUCUUCUCUGACGCUGGUCUUUCACGACCCUGAGCUCCUGAACAGAUUGGUGUCUGUAACAGAGGCAAGGCUGAAAAAAAACACAUGGCUAAUGACUGCCUGCUCUCCUCAAUGGAUGACGGCGAUAUUAAAAUCAUGGACGCUGUCAACAUCAACGACAGUGAGACAGCAGCACGCCCACGGCAAUGACGCGUUCGAGCGGAUCGAGAGCCAUUUGACGACCAAGACUGGGCUCAGAGCAGAGAAAGGGCCGUGGAGGUCUAAACUCUCCUCAAAUGCAUCAUCAAUCUACAGAACCAUUAUCCCUGAGUUGACCCGUCGAGGCACGUUGAAGGGAUUUCCAAUCUGGUGUCCAGACACGUUGUCUCACCCCAACAGCAUGAAGAUUCUGGACUGCAUGAACCAGGUCUAGAGAAGCUUAGGACGUCAUGGAAGAGCGUGAAGCAGUAAGAUAGUAUAGUCCUGAAGUUAGAAUAUUAUACUGUCCUCUUGCAGAAUCAAGUGGACCAGUGCAAGUCGGCAAGGGAUAAUCAAAUUACGGAUAUUGUAAUGUGGAGCUAACCGGUCCGACGAACACACGCAUCCCAACAUGAAGGUCGGUAGCAAAUUCCACCGGUUGUCGAGUGAUGGAAAUAAGAUUCAGUCCCUGUACUGCUGUGAGUGCACCGACCGAGCAGACAGCCAGGUGAAGCACUUUUAAGCGAACCAUCAAGCGAAAUUGGCCGAAACAGAUAUGUUUAAGCACAAACUUCGAAUUUAGAACAUUUCAACUCCUAACUUCUCAAAGAAGAAGUCAAGUGCUUCAUGUUAUCUUUCUAAUAGGCAUCAAACACAACAUCAAAC